AUGGCAUCUACAGGCAUGCAGAUUUUUGGAUUUGUCCUGGCUCUGUUGGGCAUCUUUGGGGCCAUGGUGGCCACUGUGCUGCCAAAUUGGAAAGUGAGUGCGGACGUGGGCUCCAACAUCAUCACAGCCAUCUCUCAGAUGCAGGGGCUGUGGAUGGACUGUACGUGGUACAGCACAGGAAUGUUCAGCUGUACUCUGAAGUACUCUGUGCUGUCAUUACCUGCAUACUUGCAAACCGCCCGGACCACCAUGGUGCUGUGCUGUGUGCUCGCUGCCCUGGGCCUCUGUCUGGCCUCUCUAGGACUCAAGUGCACACACUGGGGAGGAGGCCGCCGCUCUAAACGACAUGCUGCCAUCGCCAGUGGAGGAUGCUUUGUUGCGGCAGGUUUUUUGUGUCUAGUGCCCGCUUCCUGGUUUACCAACGAGGUCAUCACCAACUUCCUGGACUCCAGUGUGCCAGAGAGCAAUAAGUUUGAGCCUGGAGGAGCUGUGUAUGUGGCUUUUGUUUCAGCAGGCUUUCUGUUUAUGGGAGGAUUUAUCUUCUGUAUGUCCUGCUCGGGAAAGAGGCACGGCCCUCAGGACAUGGUCCUUCUCCCUCCCCCAGACAAACUCCUGUUUCAGCAACAGCAGCAGCUGCUCCAGCAGGAGAUGCAGCAUCCCUAUUGCUCGCUCUCGCCGUUAGACAAUAAGACGGGAUACAGCCUGCAGGACUAUGUGUAA